UAACUGCACGCGUGCAGGUGUCAAAGGCAAUCGACCCUUUGAGAGUGCCAUGUUGUAGGAGGCUCCGAAUCCAAUCACAGUGCAAUAUACCUCUGAAGCCAUGGCUGGAGGUAGAAGAAGAAACACCACCACCCACGACCACAGCAACAAUAGUAGCGGCAGCAAGAGCAGAAGAAGAAGAGGGGGAGGAGGAGGAGGAGGAGGAGGAGGUGUCAAAGCGGCUCUUUUCGUUGAGGGCGGUUUCUUAUCUGAUUGGCAACGAAAUCCCUCGUCUGCUAGCACUUCUCGAGGAACAAACGCUAAUCCGAAUGACAAAUCUGGGUCUGGGUCCAAAUCUGGAAGGUCUUAUCGAAGCAAAGCUUCUGGUUCUAAAAGCGACUCUCGGAAAUCGGACGGUAAUGCUAUCGGAUAUGAAUACCCUACCCUCGGCCAUCAGGAGGGUAAUAAUGGAGAUAACGACAUAGAUGAGUCGCACCCUAUUGUUCUAGUGGAUUCAAAGGAGGCUCGAAUUGUUGCUUAUGUAGACAAAACACCAUUUUCAGAGCCCCAAGACGUGGAGUAUACUUAUGAAUACAAUUCGGAAUUUGUUUUGGGUGAUGGCACUCAUCAAGGGUUGGGAUUCCAUUCUGAACCUGAAGGAACCCCAAAUGGAAUUGGAGGGUCCUUGAAGCAAAUGGAAGAUCAAGAGUUGUCAUCUUCUGAGAAGGAAAUGGAUGCUGAUGAGGGUAUUAGUUGUAAGGUAGGUCAGAUGCGUGAAGAAGCUUUGGAUGUGGUGUCACCUCCAAAAAACAAUUCGGGGUUUUUGUCAAUUGGAGGCAUAAAAUUGUACACCCGGGAUAUAUCUGAUGAGGAAGGUAAUGAGGAUGACUAUAGGGAGUCACUAGAUGAGGGAAGCACAGAAGCAUCUGAGCCUGGAGAAGUGGUGGGAUCAUCUGAAAGUGAUGGUUCUGAUGACUCAUCUGAUAGUGAUUCAGAUAUUGAUGCAGAAAUUGCAAAGGAUUACUUAGAAGGAAUUGGUGGAAGCGACAAUAUUUUGGAAACCAAACGGUUGAUGAAAACAGCGUUGGAUGCGUCGGAUGACGAUAGUUCUUCUAGCAGUUGCUUGAAUGAGACUGUAGAGAAGUUCGGUGGAAUUGCUCUCCAGGAGGCAUCCAGGGAAUAUGGUAUGAAGAAGCCCAAACCAAGGAAGAGCAACUCUUUAGCUUCCAGAAAUAAUUGGUCAUCGACUAUAGAUGACCUUAUGCUCGUAAAGGAUCCUAGAUCUGGUUCUGCGAAAAAGAAGCAUGUUGCUAAGUUUCCUCGAUCUUGGCCUAUGGAGGAUCAAAAGAGUAAAUAUUCCAGAAACUUUCCUGGUACCAAAAAGAAACAUCGUAAAGAAAUGCUUGCUGUGAAGCGCCGGGAGAGGAUGCUGCUCCGGGGUGUUGAUUUGGAGAAAAUAAACUCGAAACUAGAGCAGAUUGUGUUGGGUGGAGUAGAUAUGUUUUCUUUUCAACCUAUGCAUUCCCGCGAUUGUUCCCAGGUGCAACGGUUAGCUGCGAUAUAUCGCUUGCGAAGUGGCUGCCAAGGUUCUGGAAAGAAAAGAUUUGUAACAGUGGUGCGAACACAACACACUUGCAUGCCAUCGUCCAAUGACAAACUUCGCCUGGAAAAGCUGAUAGGUGCUGGCAAUGAGGAUGCUGAUUUUGUUGUGACUGAGGGCUCCAACGUAAGAUCCGGAGGUAGAAACAGGGUAAAGAAGACUGCUAAGGGCAGUGGUGAAGCAAGUGAGAAGAAACAGAAUGGAAAAAAGAGUUCAUAUGCCAAUCAACCCAUGUCAUUUGUAUCAAGUGGUACAAUGCAAUCAGAUGCUGUUGAGAUUACAGCCGUUGAUUCACAAGAGAUGGAUGAAAAUCGUAAAAAUAAAGGCGUAGUUGGCACCACAAGCUAUGGUUCAUUUGAGGUACACACUAAGGGAUUUGGAUCUAGAAUGAUGGCUAAAAUGGGAUUUAUUGAAGGUGGAGGGUUAGGAAAGGAUGGUCAAGGUAUGGCAGAGCCCAUUGAAGCUGUCCAACGCCCUAAAUCGCUGGGAUUGGGUGUGGAAUUCUCUAACUCCAGUGACGACCCAGCAAGGACCAAAUCCCAAAAGAUGGAAGUCCAUGGUGGUGACUCAAUAAGGAACAAGUCCCAAAAGAUUGGAUCUUUUGAAAGGCACACAAAGGGAUUUGGAUCAAAGAUGAUGGCAAAGAUGGGUUUCGUGGAAGGCAUGGGCUUAGGCAAAAGUUCACAAGGGAUAGUCAAUCCUUUGGUUGCUGUUAGGCAACCAAAAUCUCGAGGAUUAGGUGCCAAAGGCAGGUCCAGUUGGAGGGAGAUGCGAAGGUGGUUGUGGAUACUGUGACUUCCAAGCAGCCGGAUGAGAGCGAUAAGGGACAUCUUACGGAAGACCUGCGUGCAGCUCUCCGUUCAAUAUCGUCAUGGAAAAUGGGAUAUAUAGGGAGAGAAGGCAAUAAAGUUGCCCAUGUACUUGCAAGCUUGGCUUUGCAAAAUGAGAUGAAUAGGGUGUAGCUUUAUGUACCCCCCAGAUUGUAUACGUGAAAUUAUGCAUGCAGAGGCCUUAGCCCUGCAGUGUAUGAGUUGAACUUAAUAAA